AUGAAAGAAAAACGUCGUCAACAUCAAGAACGCAUUCGCCAAGAAAAUGAAGAGAGAGCACGAAGGAAGGAGCUUCUUUCCGCAGAGGACAGAAGUCACGGAGAAACUACACAGGAUUCCAAUAUUGAAAAUGCGGAUGAAGCGGCCAUCUCAGAAGUGUUUACUGAAGUGAUCGGGCGUGGAGGACAUGGAGAAGCAAGCAAACCAAAGACUUCGAACAAGAUUGACAAGGCCGAAGAGCGAAGAAGAGAAAAGGCUAGGAAUUUUGUGGCUUACUCGGCAGCAGAUUUCGAGUCUGAGAAGCAAUUGGCUUUGGACAAGGUGGAUUUCGCAAGACAAGCUGAUGGUGCUACUGUGGAGAUUUUUGCUGAUGACGAUAAAGGACUGUAUAAGCAAAAGCACGCAAAGCGAUGGGAUCGUAAAAAGAAACGAUUUGUUGGACCUGGCGGUGAUGGACAAGACAUCAAAAGAAUACGUACUGAAGACGGAACGUGGCUCCCAGCCUCAUAUAAAACUGGCCGAUACGAGGACUGGAAGAAGAAACAGAAAAUCGGCUAUAGGAAGGCGAGAAUUGUGGAACUGCUUGUUUCGUCUGCAGUUUGUGUGAUCUUGCCUCAGCCUGUGCAGGCGCGGAAUCCGCUUCUUUUUCUGAAGAGGACGAUGGUGAUAGAACAAGAGCCAGGACAUCUGGGACCUAAAUCUGAGCUCCGGAAUGUGAGCCAGAUAAAGAAGAUCAGAAAGAAAUCUGCGAAGCUACAGGAGUACAUGGAACACCGAAGGCAAGAAAAUCUCAAGAAGAAAGCGAAUCGUGCUUCUGGGGCAAAGCAUGUUGGCGGAAAGCGGAAGAAAUAA